AGCUUGCUCUGGGGUUAGGUUGAAGUGCGGAAACCUCUUUGCUGAGAUAGAAAAAAAAUACUGGUCUUGAAUAGAAAACUGGCUUAAGAAAUUCCAUUUCUAAUAAUGCCUUUGAGACUGCAAGAAUUGUGUUCUGAUAGUUAUGGUAAUCUGACAUCAGAUUAAUGUCCAUCUUUCUCAGUGGAUUGUAAAUUUUAAACUGUUUUGUAUACCGCCGUAUUCCCAGUCAAACCACAAGUGCUUGACACAUAAUAGGCCUUCUAUAAAUAUUUUGCCAACAGACUCUUUAUUGCUCACUCCUUGAAAUCCAGCAUUUUCCCCUCGCCAAGAUCUAGGGAUUGAACUUGCUUCCCGACAUCCGAUCAGCCACCUUGAGAGGGCGAGUCAUUUAGUGCUUGUCUUGGUUGGUGGGCUCCAGUCCCUGACCCACUAUUUUCUUUAUUAAUUCUACAAUUACAGCGUACCCAGUCAUUUUAAACCUGUGUAUAAUGAUUCAUUAAUGAGUUGUAAACUGCACUUAGUGAGUUAUGACUAACGUAAAAAAAAAAAACAGGAGAGAAGAGAAAAGAGUAGGCAUGAGCAGAGUGCACUGCGCAUAAUAAGUACUUUUAUUGUAGACACACUAUGAUGUACUGGAUUGCAACUUUAAAAAUGUGCAUUUUGAAAUCCCGGUCUACCCUGUCUUUAGAAGGCAAAAGCACUUUAAGUGUCCCUCUUAGGCCAGCUCCCAGCCUACCUCUCUGUAAAAGUUCUGCAAUUCAAUAUAUUUUGUAUUUUAUACUACCUUGGGCUCCCCGGAGUAUUAAGUCGUAACUGGAGCACAGCCUUCCUGGAGCCCUCGCGUGGUAUCUUAAUGAGCGCAUGCCGAGUACAAAGAGUCCCUCUGCAUAUACACAAGUGUUGCGGCCGGGGGAGAAAUCUAGAAAUCAUUUCUGAGCUCUCACCUCCAGGAUCACCACCCUCCCUCGCCCACAACUUCACACGGCACCACUUGUUUAGAUGGGCUGAGGCGGGAAGGGGAAAGGCCGGCCAGUGUCCACCGUCCCCUGCCACCGGACCCACUGCCCAACACCCACUCCUUUUACCCCUGUCCUCCCCACCAAUAGCAUUUCAGGCGAAGCUCCAGCCCAUGGAACUUGGCCUCUCGGAAGUGCCGAACGAGUGCCCCUGAAAACUGUCGCUGUGCAUCUGGUGGCGCUCCUCCUGCUGCCAGAGCUUGUAUAGGGUUCAUGUCCCUUUCCUCUGAAACCUGUGAAUGUAAAUUCAGUUUUAAACUGGAUCUUUUAACGGUUGGCCUCAGAAGUAUCUUUGGGGGUGGGGGUGCCAGCACUGGUGAAGGGAGAUACGUGCCCUUGAAAAUUGGAUUCUUUUCUGGAAAACUGCUGACACGGGCUGAUCGGCAGAGAGCAAAAUGACCCUACUGUUUCUACCUGCUGACAGGCUAAGCCUUGCGAUGGGGCCGAAAUUAGCUCUCACCACAUGGCAGAGGCAUGCCUUCCUCUUUUUUUCUUCCAUACAAACAGGGUGAUUUUGUGCCUGUGAAAUAAUACGGCUUUGUGGUGUAGAUGUAGUGUCAAUGGAAUAGGCCACGAACAAUGGCCCGCCCACCCCACUAUUCUGCUAAGCAAAACAGCUACAGACAAGGUAAGAGGUAAUCUCCCGGGAUGAGGACCAGUUUGAAAGCCCUUUCAUACUGUGCGUUCUUUGGGAAAUGCUAAUAGACAAAGCCAUCCAAGCUCAGGAGAUGUAUCCAUCCAAAGAAGAGUGACCAGCCUUGGCGUCAGGCAGCCCAAGACCGAGUAGCCUCUUUCUUGUUCCUUUGCAUUUCUGCCGCUGUCCCCUUUCUUUGAGUGAGGUGGCUUUGGAAGAUUCCAGUCUGGGGGAGAUGCGGCUGUGCGUUUCGUUUGUGUCAUCCGGUGCUGUUCUCUGUUGGAAAAGGAGGAUUCCCUGCCCGCUUUGUAAAGGCACAGCUGGCAGGAGCUGUAGCAAUCUCACUGCCUUCCGGAUCAGCUCCACCCCAGCAGCAGGCAGAGUGGGGGCCCCGGGAAACACGCUCUGGCUGGCGCAGUUGUGAGUAAAGAAGUCGGCCAGCAACUCCAAGAUGAUUUGAUGAAGGUCCUGAAUGAGCUCUACUCGGUCAUGAAGACAUAUCACAUGUACAAUGCCGACAGCAUCAGUGCUCAGAGCAAACUAAAGGAGGCAGAGAAGCAAGAGGAGAAGCAAAUUGGAAAGUCGGUAAAGCAGGAAGACCGGCAGACCCCGCGCUCCCCUGACUCCUCAUCCAACGUCCGCAUCGAGGAGAAGCAUGUCCGGAGGAGCUCAGUGAAGAAGAUUGAGAAAAUGAAGGAGAAGCGCCAAGCCAAGUAUACAGAAAAUAAGUUGAAGGCCAUUAAAGCCCGGAAUGAAUACUUGCUGGCUCUGGAGGCAACCAAUGCAUCUGUCUUCAAGUACUAUAUCCACGACCUGUCUGACCUUAUUGAUCAGUGUUGUGAUUUAGGCUACCACGCUAGCCUGAACCGGGCGCUACGCACCUUCCUCUCUGCUGAGCUGAAUCUGGAGCAGUCCAAGCACGAGGGUCUGGAUGCCAUCGAGAAUGCCGUAGAAAACCUGGAUGCCACCAGUGACAAGCAGCGCCUCAUGGAGAUGUACAACAAUGUCUUCUGCCCACCUAUGAAGUUUGAGUUCCAGCCCCACAUGGGGGACAUGGCUUCCCAGCUCUGUGCCCAGCAGCCUGUCCAGAGCGAGCUGGUACAGAGAUGCCAGCAACUGCAGUCUCGUCUGUCCACCCUGAAGAUUGAGAACGAAGAGGUAAAGAAGACAAUGGAGGCCACUCUGCAGACCAUCCAGGACAUUGUGACCGUCGAGGAUUUUGAUGUGUCUGACUGCUUCCAGUACAGCAACUCUAUGGAAUCCGUCAAGUCCACGGUCUCAGAAACCUUCAUGAGCAAGCCCAGCAUCGCUAAAAGGAGAGCCAACCAGCAAGAGACCGAGCAGUUCUAUUUCACGAAAAUGAAGGAGUACCUGGAGGGCAGGAACCUCAUCACCAAGCUCCAAGCCAAGCACGACCUUCUCCAGAAAACCCUGGGAGAAAGUCAGCGGACAGACUGCAGUCUGGCCAGGCGUAGCUCAACCGUGAGGAAACAGGAUUCCAGCCAGGCAAUUCCUCUGGUGGUAGAGAGCUGUAUCCGAUUUAUCAGCAGACACGGACUACAGCAUGAAGGAAUCUUCCGGGUGUCGGGAUCCCAGGUGGAAGUGAAUGACAUCAAAAACGCCUUUGAGAGAGGAGAGGACCCCCUGGCUGGGGACCAGAAUGACCAUGACAUGGACUCCAUUGCUGGCGUCCUGAAGCUUUACUUCCGGGGGCUAGAACACCCUCUCUUCCCCAAGGACAUCUUCCAUGACCUGAUGGCCUGCGUCACUAUGGACAGCCUGCAGGAGAGAGCUCUGCACAUCCGGAAAGUCCUCCUGGUCCUGCCCAAAACCACUCUGAUUAUCAUGAGAUACCUCUUUGCCUUCCUCAAUCAUUUAUCACAGUUCAGUGAAGAGAACAUGAUGGACCCCUACAACCUUGCCAUCUGCUUCGGGCCCUCACUGAUGUCAGUGCCUGAGGGCCACGACCAGGUGUCCUGCCAAGCCCACGUGAAUGAGCUGAUCAAAACCACCAUCAUCCAGCAUGAGAACAUCUUCCCAACCCCCAGGGAGCUGGAGGGCCCCGUCUACAGCAGAGGAGGAAGCACAGAGGACUACUGUGACAGCCCUCACGGAGAGACUACCUCGGCUGAGGACUCAACCCAGGAUGUGACCGCAGAGCACCACACGAGCGAUGACGAGUGUGAGCCCAUCGAGGCCAUUGCCAAGUUUGACUACGUGGGCCGGACAGCCCGAGAGCUGUCCUUCAAGAAGGGGGCAUCCCUGCUGCUUUACCAGCGGGCCUCCGAUGACUGGUGGGAAGGCCGGCACAAUGGCAUCGACGGACUCAUCCCCCAUCAGUACAUCGUGGUCCAAGACACCGAGGACGGUGUCGUGGAGAGGUCCAGCCCCAAGUCUGAGAUUGAGGUCAUUUCUGAGCCACCUGAAGAAAAGGUGACAGCCAGAGCGGGGGCCAGCUGUCCCAGUGGGGGUCAUGUAGCCGAUAUUUAUCUUGCAAACAUCAACAACACCUUACAUCUCGAGAACUCAAAGCCCACGACCUCCAAGCAAAGGAAGCGGCCAGAAUCUGGGAGCAUCCGGAAAACAUUUCGGAGUGACAGCCAUGGGCUGAGCAGUUCCCUGACUGACUCUGCCUCCCCGGGGGUGGGGGCUGGCUGCCGCCCAUCUUCCCAGCCCAUCAUGAGCCAGAGUCUCCCCAAGGAAGGGCCAGAUAAGUGUUCCAUCAGUGGGCAUGGGAGCCUCAACUCCAUCAGCCGCCAUUCGUCCCUGAAGAAUCGGCUGGACAGUCCACAGAUCCGGAAAACGGUGACAGCAGGAAGGUCAAAGAGCUUCAAUAACCAUCGGCCUGUGGACCCUGAGGUUAUUGCACAGGAUAUUGAGGCAACUAUGAACUCUGCCCUGAAUGAGCUGCGGGAGCUAGAGCGGCAGAGCAGUGUCAAGCACACCCCCGAUGUGGUUCUGGACACCUUGGAGCCCCUCAAAACCUCCCCAGUAGUGGCCCCCACAUCGGAGCCCUCCAGUCCCCUGCACACCCAGCUCCUCAAGGACCCUGAGCCCACCUUCCAGCGCAGUGCCAGUACUGCUGGGGACAUCGCCUGCGCCUUCCGGCCCGUCAAGUCUAUCAAGAUGGCCGCCCCAGUCAAGCCGCCAGCCACGCGACCCAAGCCCACUGUCUUCCCCAAAACAAAUGCCACUAGCCCUGGUGUCAACUCAUCAUCUUCCUCACAGUCCACUGACAAGUCUUGUACUGUCUGAGGGAUGUAAUUUAAUUGUUCUAGACAAAGGGACUGGAGGGACUAUUAUUAAAAAUCUUCCUAUUUAACUAGCUUGGGGACUUCAGUUGAAAAUUAGAUUCUAAGUUGUUCUUGCAGGAAUUAGCCUUCCCGUCACCCAAAACCUUGAGAAUGAAGCCCUCGUUACCACCCCGCCCUGCCCUUCCCACCGCCCUCUGCUUCCCCCCGUUGUCGUAAUCCAGCCAGCUGCAGUACAUACUGUUCUAAGGUUAGCCAGAGUUAGAGUUUUCCAUUAUCAGGUCACUGUGAAAUCUGGCAAGGCGAGUCAUGAGGACACGGGCUCAAGUCUCUGUCCCCUUAGACACAGGGGAUGCCUGACCAGAUGGUUGGCUACCGACAGCCAGCUCUCAGUGGCAUCUUGUUUUGGGUACUGAUUAUAGAGAACCAUAUAUAGUCCAUUCUUCGUUUUACACACACACACACACACCACAACACACGUUUUUCUAGUCUCUGGCAUGUGUAGCCCUCUCCUGGUCUAGACCAGUCUCUUUGUAAGUUAUUGUGGCAGUUCACACAACAGCCACCAGGGGUCUCUGUUUCCGUUACAAAUCUUGUUCUGUCUGGGCCAGAGAACCUAGCCUUUGAAAUCUCUCCAUCAUAAAAAACUGAGCAGGAUGAGACCCGAUCCUGUAAUCUGUUUGGGGUUGGGGCUUUCUCUCUGUCUUCUCUCUAUUGGUGUGAAUUGGUCAUUGGUGUUUGCUUUUGCUCUCCUCCAUCCUCUAGAAAUACAGCCCAAUCUUUUUAUAGAACUUCUAAAGUUUUUCUGAAUGUAUAGACAUUUCUCGAGUUCCUGUCUUUGUCUCUGAUGGACCAUUUUCCAUUUAAGACAUUUUCCUGUAUAAUACAGUUUUAUAGCUGAUAUCUUUUAGGGUAAAGAGUCUUUUGAGAGAGUUUAUUGUGUUUAUGGCAGGUUUGGAAAAGGUGAGAAAUGGGCCCUUCUUCCUCACACUUACUUUGGACACUUAAGACAAAAUUCAUGAUCCUAUUCAAAAAUUAAAAUCAGCUUUGCUAGCCCCCAAAUUGUUCCCGAGCGAAAACAUAUCCUAAGUUCUCCUCCCCCCCCCCCCACCCCACCCCCCAGUUUGGUUAUUCUACAAGAUCUCUCUUCAGGGACCAACAAGGGCUUGGAGAGCCCUGGUUAGAUUAAAGAGAGACAUUACUCCUUAAAACCUGUUUUCUUUUAUCCAAAUAAAGACAACCAAGAGAGCUUUGGCCCCAUGGGCUCUAAGGUCUUCCCGAGGCUGGAAUCUAACAAAAUAGAUAAUUGGAUGCUGAGUAUGUUGGCCUUCCUUUGGCCUUUCUUCUGGUUCUUCUCCGAAAAGCAGAAAUGGUAUCUAUCCUUGCAUAUUUUAAUCUGGUCUCCAAACCUGGUGCCCCCGGUUCUGGCCCCCCUAGCUUCACGCUCUCCUAGCGGUACCAGGGCUGAGGACAGUCACACCCAGGUUCGUGAGUCUCAGACAGAUACUUGAGCUAAAGCUAAAGCUCAUUCCUCUUCUCUGUUUUCUGCUUUUAAAGCCACACUUUUAGCCUUAUUUUCUAUAGGUCAGGAGAGGUGGUGGGUUGCCAUUCAGAUAGGAAAAUCUGAGUUUCCUUAUGUUUAGCCUAGAAGAUUCUUUUUGGACCAACAUUUUGAAGUUGGCAGUUGGUGGUGCAGGAAGUGGUAGGAUUUUCCUCAUUCUGUGUGAAGGAGAGCUUUGUGGGAAAUCGCUAAUUAUUGGAGAGAUAACCUGCAACCCCAGGAAAACUAUCCCAAGAGCUAGAAAGGAGAAAUGAAGAGCUCCUUGAGUAAAGCGAGUCAGUCUGUGAGAGGUAACCCACGGUCCUCUGCAUUCUUGGGUUUCGUUGCUGGGUUUCGUGGCCUGUCCUCGCCUAUCACCUGGACUCACGCAGGUCUUAAGCCAACAGGGGCUUUGAUAAAAAGCAAGGAUCUGUUUCCUUGAUGAGCAUGGAACCCCCACCCUUCACUUUACAUUCCUUUUUGAUCCAACUGAUCAGAAUCGGUACCCAUACCUGCCCUUUACCCCCUCCCUCCAGCACACCCCUGUCUGAGAAAGGAAGAGCGAAGCUUUCUUAAUGGCAAAGCUUUGGGCCUGUUCUGUUGUUCCUGCCUGAUUUCUCUUGCAGCCCUCGGACAUGACUUGUGUCCACCAUCCCCUUGGUCAGUGUCCAUCUGAUCUGCAUCAUGAACUAGACGGUGUGUGAGUGGCCACCUACGACCCCCAGCUCUGGGAGCCAAGUUGUCCUCCCCUCUCUGGUGCUCCUGACACCUGUGAGAUGGACCUGUCCAGGGGACUAGGAACCCACGGAAGGAGCGUCCUCGGCAGAGCUCCUUGCGAUCAACUGGAAUUGAGGUUGUACACUGUGAUGUUUACACCGAGAAGCCAAAAGGAGCUGGCCAUCCAGGGCCUAGGGAGACCAGUCUUCCUCCGAUCUGCUUGCCUAAACCAGCAUGAUGCUUCAGAGAGCCCCACUCUGCCCCUUGAGGCAUGGAUCCUUCUCUUGGCAUGGACUCUGAUGGGUCAGUCUUUGGGGAACAGAGGUGGGGUGGGGCCACCAGCAUCCCAAUUUGGAAAAGAGAGGAGUUUGCUGCCAGCAGCCUGGAAACUGGAAACACUGGUCUCAGCCAACCUCCUCAGGGCGCCCUGGUUUCUCCCCAAGGAGAUGAGGAGAGAUGAAGCCAGCAACAGGACGAACAGACCACUGGAAGGGCCAGCGUGUGUGUACUUCACGUGCAUAAGGGAAGCUUAGAUCUUCCAGGGCAUUGCAAUGUUAUGGCGUCUGACUUGUAUGUCACGUUUGUGUAAGAUGGCAUAUUCUUUACAAUAGUGUUGAUAACUGGAAUAUUGUAUGUAUGCUUGGAGAUGCUUUGUGUGAACCUGAGACUGUCACUCAACAGAUGUUGGAUUGGGGAAAAUCCAAAGCACAACUUCGAAAUAAAACACGUUUUUAGGUUUCGAG